GCGCUCACGGUUGUGUGUUGUGCGGAACCCUGUACCGAGCGGUUUUUGGUUCCGCAAGAUGAGCGUCCGCAAUCGACGCAGCACCAGCAGCACCAGCACGUCCGGCGAGUCGGGCAAGGAUCCACAGCUCACCUUCGACCAGCGGCUGCAGGCGAACGCACGGGAACGCUACCGUACGCACAGCAUUGCUCGUUUGAACAUUUGCAGCGUUAACUCGGCGUUCAACAAUCUGCGCCAGCUGAUACCGACCGAACCACACAACCGGAAGCUUUCCAAGAUCGAAACGUUACGGCUGGCGAAGAGUUACAUCUCGCACCUGAUCGCGGUACUCGUCACGGGGAACAGUCAGCGGCCGUGCGUCGACACAAUCAACCGAAGGCAGCCAGCGGACCAGGAAGCCAGCAUCGGCCGGGACGAACCGGACACGUCCUCAUCGUACCGGCAAUCAAUCUGCACGUUUUGUGUUACGUUCGACAAGUGCUAAUGAUUCGUUCCUUUAACGCAUAACAAAACCCUUUACAAGUGCUAGCUACUCUACAAUUAUUUCCAUUGCUCUGUGGCUACUACUACUCACGUGUUCUAUGACGCGGAUUUUAUUAAGCCGUUAAAUACAUAAAACACACAAAGCUUUGUAUAAUAGUUUAAAAAUCUUAAUCGUGUUGCGUCAAGUGGGUACAAUCUGAUCUGAGCUGUGUGCUGCUAGCCGCGUGAAAUAAAGUCUUAACUCAUAAGGUGCCUACGUAAAUCCAGUUCAGUGUUACAACUUUGUGCCCCCAUCCCA